AGGCUGAACCGCGACUCCUAAAAUAGCUCCACGAAUUCGGAAACCUCUUUUGGGAAAAUGGCUGAAGGAGUUUCACCAAUAACGCACCAAAUAUCUAAAGAAACCCGGAACGUGUGGACCCCUCCCGUGGAUUUCCACCUCCAAGAGGUCGAGGACUGUUUAAUUCACGACAGACACGGAGUCUCUGCUCCGUUCAAGACUUUAUAUCAAGACAGGAAAUCGGUCAUAAUUUUCGUGCGGAAUUUCCUGUGCUACAGCUGCAAAGAGUAUGUUGAUGAUUUGAGUAAAAUACCCAAAGAAGUACUGGAGGAAGCCCAAAUUAGACUCGUGAUAAUUGGUCAGUCUGCUCAUCAUCACAUAGAGCCAUUCUGCGCAUUGACGGGAUAUCCUUUUGAAAUAUACGUAGACCCAGAGAGGUGUAUUUACCAAAAGCUUGGGAUGAAGAAAGAGGAGAGAUAUACUGAGACUGCUUGCCCUAGUCCUCAUGUGAAGUCUGGGAUGUUCAUGGGACAGCUGAAAAGUAUAUGGAGGGCCAUGACGAGUCCUGCAUUUGACUUUCAGGGUGAUCUACAUCAGCAAGGAGGAGCUAUCAUUGCGGGGCCUGGUUCUGAGGUUCAUUUUUGCCAUUUUGACAUGAACCGCCUGGACCAUAUGCCUAUUAACUGGCUGCUUCAGCUUGCUGGGGUUCAUCAGACCCUGGACUUCAGUGAUAAACCAAAGAUCCUCCAUGUUUAGCUUCCUGCCAACCAGAAAGAGUCAAUGGACCGUUAAUAUAUGUCAGUGCAUAUAAAGAAAAGUCCACUUGUCUGAGACUACUGAAGAAUAUGUUUAAUUUACUUUUGAUGCUCCGACAACACAUUUUAUCACAAAAGGUGUUAGUUUCACUGCAUUCAAAGACUGACAACUGACAAUAUCCAUGACAAUAACAAUUUCCGUAACUAACAUUAUCCGUGUUGUAGAAAGUGCUUUUUAUCACGCUUGUCUGUGCUUUUUAUUUUUCAAGUGCCCUCAGUAAUUUUAAGUGGAGUAGAGGUCAAGUGGGUAUAUAUAGAGAAAAAGUCUUUGACUGUCAUUUUUACAAUGUCUUAUAUGGUUAUCAAGUAAUUUCUCAUGGCUUUGAGGCUUGAUUGAGCUCACAAUCUUUCUGCAGUAUAAGUGUAUUUUCAAAAAAGUGCAGACCCUUUUUAUACGGUCGAUGGUGCAGACCAAAAGGUGCAGCAAAACAAUACAUUGGGUUAAAUGUUGGCGUGUAACUUCAGGGGGGUAAAGCACAUUAAUUAUUUGUUAACAUUUUCACUGGUUUUGAUACUCAUUUCACAUUUAGUAAUCAUUUUACCAACACAGAAAUAACUUUCAAUAUUGAAUCAAUCAGAAAAUAUGACUUUUAUGAAUAUCUUGUUUUUACCAAUCCUGCUCAAUGUCCACUUUUUUGAAACAAAGUAUAAAUGGUAUAUAAAGUGUAUAUAUUUUAUUGUUUUUGUAAAAAGAAAAAAGUCUUUGAACAUACUAUGUUAUACAUUAUACAUUUAUGCAUUAAUGUAUCUUAUUAAAUGAGGUUGAAAAGUUAAUUUUUGAGUGUGCCUAACUUCAUGUUGCGGGUGGAGAGUGAGGGUUUGUUUUUAACCUUGUGCUACCCCCCUCAUUUAGUGCAGUGGCAUUAUGUAAUAUAAUGUAGCAGUAGUUGCCCUUUUCCAGCUGUGUUUAUUACUGUCCUGUGUUGUAUCUUCAUAAAAGUUCUGCAAGGUUUAUGCCAGUCACUGCAUUGCAGAGGCGUUGCUACGGGGUAGGCAACAUAGGUAUUUGCCAAGGGCCUCGAGCUGAAGGGGGCCCUGAGGGACGGCUGACAUCAGUCAAUGUCAAUGACAAAUU